CCGCGCGAGCUGGGUGCCGUGUGCAGAGCACCACGUGAGUCGGAAGCCGUGCGCAAACCCCUUCUUUGUUCCAUUCCUUGCGGCGUAGCCGGUCGACGUGUCCAGUCUCUUCAGCCCUGCGCUCCCGUUCCGAGCGGUUUGCUUCCUUCGUCGUCGACCAUGAGUACCCAGGAGUGCUACGCGUGCCACAAGACGGGCCAUUUCGCCCGCGAAUGCCCGCAGGGAGACCAGCGCGGCGGCUACGGCAGCCGGGACAGCGGCGGCUAUGGCGGCGGCGGCUCGUACGGCAGCUCGUACCGCUCCGGCGGCGGAGGAGGCGGCGGCGGCUUCGGUAGCCGCGGAUCCCGAGGAGGCCCCGGCGGCGGCGGCGGCAUGCGAGGCGGCUCGCGGAUGGGCGACAGCCGCGGCUCCGGGGGACCGGGCUUCGGCCAGAGCCGGAUGUCGUGCUACAACUGCGGCAAGGUGGGCCACAUCGCCCGCGAGUGUCCCGAAGACGGCAAGACCUGCUACACCUGCGGUAAGCAGGGCCACAUAUCGCGCGAGUGCGACGAGAAGCAGUGAGCGGCGCUCGGCCCCGCGCACAGCCCCUGGCAGGCGACGGUCGGCGGCCCCCUCCGGUCGGCAAUGCCCGGCGAUGCCGGUCCCGCCGCCGCCACACCGAGGCCCCUUCGCGUUGUCGUCGUCUAGCCCCUUGUGAAGCAUUCGCCAAGUACGCCGAUGUAGAACUGCAUUGUUCCCGCCGCAUUCCGGAAGACAGAAAAGAGCCAUUCGAAGUAAUUUGCUCCAGAAGGGAGAGGUGCCCGAGUUUCUCCCGAUCGUCCAUUUUGGCCGCCCGGCCGAACUGUACGAUAGGCCUAACGUCAACACAAUGGAUCCUACACGUGGCGCGCAAGAACAGCGCUCGGUGUUCUACCCCAAGACGUGUGCCCGAGGUCUCCGAAACCCUGCGCUGGUUUUUUUUUUUUUUUCCUUUUCUUCCCUCAGUCCCACCCGACGAUGCUUGGUUGAACCUUCUUGAAGUGUUGAGUUUUUUUUUCUCUUUUGGACGUUGAAGCAUAAAGAAGACAAAAAAAAAAAGAUGAUUGAACUCUGCGGUUUUAUAUUUGAGCUUGUACGAGUCUUUUUCAUGUGUGGUAUAUAGAACUGGUGUUCUCUUUAAGCGAUUACUCUUGUAACUUUUUCGGGGUUCUAUAUGCCAUGCAGGUGAAGUUACAGAGAGCAAUACUUGCAAAUAAAGAAAUUCCAUUUGUGUUCCUUGA